AUGGCCCAUUGUGAGCGGGCAUCGAAGCCGCUGCUUCAAUGUCUUCGCAAUUCCUACACCAGAAGCCUCGCGGGCAUUCAGGUCCAGUCCCGCGGCUUCCAGUCAACCGCCGGCGUUGCGGACGCCCAAUCCGAACAGACCCAGCCGUUCCAUAAAUCUCCGGAUCCAGCCCUUGUCUCAAGUCCUCGAUUGGAACGACGAUUGAUGCGACAGGGUACUGCUCCUAUUGGAUCCCGUCGUCGCCGUGCUGCGUUGCAAAGCGCCGGCAGCCUCCCUUUCGAGCAACUCCCAUACCAAUGUUUCCAAGAAGCACGAAAGGUUCUUCUCGCAGACAGAGCAGAGAAGUUAGAGGAGAUUGAAUCGAUGCGGCAAAAGAUUGCGCGAGUGGAGGCACAACCGGUUGAACAGGCCGGGGAGAUUUCGCGCAAGUCUCGCCUGACCGCUAUGCAAUUGCACCUGGAGAAGCUCAAGAUCUUGGCCGACAUCAAUGACCCAUUGGUGAAGCGGAAGUUUGAGGACGGUCAAGGCGACAUGAGCAAACCCAUCUACCGUUACCUCGCCGACCGCAAAUGGCGUGAAUACCGUCGGAAGAUUUUGGUUCAGCGUAUUACACAGAUGAAUGUCGUUCCGGAUGUUCUACCCCAAUGUGAUCCGACUGUGGAGACCAAGCUGUACUUUGGAAAGCGACAGGUUGGGCCUGGUGAUUUUGUCCUCGCAAAGGACAGCACCACAGCACCCAAGCUUGACAUUCAAAUGUUUGAACGUGGUGAGAAGCUCGUUACUAUUGCUGUUAUCGAUCCAGAUGUUCCCAAUGUCGAGGCAGACAGCUUCGAUUACAAGAUGCACUAUCUCGCCGUCAAUGUGCCCAUCUCGGCCGUUUCCACCAAGGUCGAUCUCUCCCAGCUCUCCACAGACUCCCAGGUCGUUCUUCCCUGGGAAGCACCCGUUGCCCAGAAGGGUAGUCCUUACCACCGACUCUCUGUCUUCAUCAUGGAGCAGAAGGACUCCCAGCCGCUCGACUUUGCAGCCAUCAAGGCCAAGGAGACUGAGCGUGAGAACAUGCUUAUGCGUACCCUCCAGGCUCGCUACCACCUCAAGCCCAUUGGAGCCCACCUGUUCCGCACCCAGUGGGAUGAGACUACACUGGAAGUCAUGAAACAGAUCGGCUUCAGCGACGCUGAUGUUGAGCUGCGCCGGAAGAAGGUUGAGCCUCUUCCUUACAAGCGGAGAAACCCCUCUUCCUUCCGGUAG